AUGGGAGGCAACGAUGGUGCUGCCACCGACAAAGGCGCCGAGGAGAAGGGCAACGAAAAAGCUAAGUAUGACGAGGAGAUGUUGAUAGACGAAAGAAAAUUGCAUAGUAAUAACAUUCAGCAUCUUUCUAAUCUACUUCAAGCAUGUAUGGAUAAGUUAGAGGGCAAGACAACCGAUUGUGAUCAAUCGGGUGCCGUGCAGCAACCUCAAUUCGGCAUGCCUUUGAAUUUUUAUGAAAAUCAAACCUCUCAUGCUUCCGCUAGCCAAUUUCAAUCGGCCCCUUCGGCAUCUGAAACCGAUAAGGCCAGUCAACCUGAUGCUAGCACAUCUACACGUACAGGUGUUGGUGCACAAAGUUUGGGUCGAGCUCUUCAAACCGAUUAUGGAGCAUCAACAAAUAGAGCUUCAGCGGGGCAUAAUGUUUUACCAAACCCACCGAAGUCACCUAGUCAAAUUCCUACAUUUAAUGUUACUCCUAAUGCUCCUACUACCGAUUUUGAUGAUGCUUUGAAUCAGUUUAAGGAUGAAUUGGCUAAAUCUCUUGAGAGUAGUUUAGGAGUGCAACUUAAAUCUAGUACGAAUACUUAUCAAAAGUCGUACCCUUCUACUUAUGAUUUCAUGAAAGCACCUGAUGGGUGGAGGCGACCGGAGAUUGGCACCUGGAAGACCAAUGAGAAGAACCAAGGAGAGUUCGUGAAGAAGCAAUGCACCUUUGACAGGCUCAAGGCCAAGUAUAAGCAACAACAGGCCAAUUCCUAG